AUGGAGGCCAAUAAGAAGUUGGCAACUCUAGAAGGAGAUGAUUUUGCCAAGGAGAUGAUAGCAAUCAUGAAGGUAGCGUGCGAUGCAAACUCCGAGCAAAAUUAUGACGAUUCAAAAGACGAGUUCUUUAGUAUCAUCAGGACACGUGCGAUGGAACCACCAGUCACAGUAUCUCUCUCAUCCGUUCUCACGUCGCCAAUCGAGGACGGCGAUUUCACUCCACUCAAGAUGCACCAGCUCGUUUUCUACUCCAUCAUAUCGAAACUAUCUCUUGAGCAGCUGCAGCCUUAUCGAUCCGCGAUAAAGACAAUGAUGGGAUUCGACAUAUCCUCGUUCAAGUCACGGUCCAGUCACUACGCACAAACAAUGCACCUUAUCAGUAACGCAAGGCUACUAGACCGCUUCAUUGAGAACCCGGAGGAUGUUUGGGUCCCCGAGAACAAAUUCGAUUGCAUCUCUUACCGUACCUUGUGGGAACGGAUACAUACGGCGGAACAGAUGCGCCCGUACAUGCAUGGCCUGUUCAACUGGCAAGUAGACCCGUGUCAUCCACCAUUCAAGCCUUGCCGUGAGCAACUGGCGCGAUUCCCCGAAGUGUCUGCUGUCGUUGCUGCUGAGGUUAUGGGUAUGGCGGUUGAUGAUGUCGAGCACCAGCACUACUUGAUCGAUUUCGUUUCAGAGUGUGUGCCUGUUGGGAAAGCUUGGUAUCCGAUGCGUGCUCCGGUGGAACAAAUGGUGCGAGUACUGGAAGGUAAAGGUAAAGAUCAGCUUACAAAAGCCGGAGAAGAGGAUUACCUUGAUGAAGCAAAGAAUUGGUUAGAAGUUCUGAAGAAGUGGGAGAGUAAUAACUAA